AUGGCGCCUGAGGACGGCCUGCCGCUGCAUAUGAGUGCUGUGGAGGUGCCAGCAAGGGAGCACGAGCGCCAGCAGGCGUCUGUGGCCACGCCAGGAACAACCACCUCCCCGCGCGCCACCGGUGCCUGCCAGCAUGGCGCCGCGCUCCCUGUGGGUCAACAGCUGGUGGAGCAGCCAUUACCACAGCCAGACGCGGCGCAGCAACAGUUGGGGCAGCAGCAGCAGCAGGUACAGCAGCAGCAGGUGCAGCAGCGGCAAGUCCAGCAUCAAGCGUCAUGGACCCCGGGCAUUGACCCGCCCAUCGCAGCCGGGGGAUCUCGGGACUGCACCACCGCCCCCAACGCACGUGAAGCCGCAGCGCCCGUACUGGUGACGUCCGCAUCCCGCGCGCGCCGCCGCCCACCGCCGGCCGCGGUCAUGGGCGCGCCCGGCCCCGCUGCCGUCGCGGCCGCGGCCGUGGGCGCGGGCGCGCUGGGGCUGACGGCGUCCGGACGCGCGGCGCGCGCGGGCGCGGGCGGGCGCAUGGCGCAGAUCCUGCGAGCAGAGGACGGCGACGGCGAAGACGGCGGCGAAGGCGCCAGCGACGGCGAAGGCGGGCGCGAGGAG